ACUCCUCACUCAGUGCUUUGCUGUGACUCACAAACAAACAAACAAUGCAGUCUUCUCUCUUCUCAGCCAACUCUCCGGUGGCUAUCUCCACUUUAUCUCACACUCACAGUCACAGAUCUAAUUCUCGUGGCGGUUCCUUCCCCUUAUCCUUCUCAGUGAGAGCUUCCGUCAACGUCGAGUCUCCAUCGUCAGAAAAAACAACACAGCAUAAGCUCAACAAGUACAGUUCCCGCAUCACAGAGCCAAAGUCUCAGGGCGCCUCACAGGCUGUCCUCUAUGGCGUCGGACUCUCCGAAGACGACAUGGCUAAGCCGCAGGUUGGUGUCUCCUCCGUGUGGUAUGAGGGAAACACUUGCAACAUGCAUCUCCUCCGUCUCUCCGAAGCCGUUAAGGAAGGCGUUGCCGAUGCCGGCAUGAUUCCCUUCAGGUUCAACACCGUUGGUGUCAGUGACGCUAUCUCAAUGGGCACCAGAGGCAUGUCUUAUAGCCUUCAAUCUAGGGAUCUCAUUGCUGAUAGCAUUGAAACUGUCAUGGCUGCACAGUGGUAUGAUGCGAAUAUCUCAAUCCCUGGUUGUGACAAAAAUAUGCCAGGUACAAUAAUUGCAAUGGGCAGGCUCAACAGACCAAGUAUUAUGAUUUAUGGUGGCACUAUAAAGCCUGGUCAUUUUCAGGGUAAUACGUUUGACAUAGUGUCUGCUUUUCAGUGCUAUGGAGAAUAUGUGAGUGGAUCAAUUAGCGAUGACUACAGACAAAAUGUUAUCCGCAACUCUUGCCCUGGAGCUGGGGCUUGUGGUGGAAUGUAUACAGCCAAUACUAUGGCCUCUGCAAUAGAAGCUAUGGGAAUGUCUCUUCCCUAUAGCUCAUCUACACCUGCUGAGGAUCCACUAAAGUUGGAUGAGUGUCGAUUAGCUGGGAAAUAUCUUCUUGAGUUAUUAAAGAUGGACUUGAAACCCCGAGACAUCAUCACUCGUAAAUCACUACGUAAUGCAAUGGUUAUAGUUAUGGCGCUUGGUGGAUCUACCAAUGCUGUGUUACAUUUAAUUGCUAUUGCCAAGUCUGUUGGCAUUGAUUUGACUCUUAAUGAUUUUCAAAAGGUUAGCGAUGAGGUUCCUUUUCUUGCAGAUCUUAAGCCUAGUGGGAAAUAUGUCAUGGAAGAUAUUCACAAGAUAGGAGGGAUCCCUGCAGUUAUCCGCUACCUUCUUGAGCAAGGCUUUUUAGAUGGUGACUGUAUAACUGUCACUGGAAAGACCUUAUCUGAAAAUGCAGAGCUUUUCCCUCCUUUGCCCAAAGUGCAGGAAAUAAUAAGGCCGAUAGAAAAUCCCAUAAAAAAGACGGCGCAUAUUCAAAUAUUAUAUGGGAACCUUGCCCCGCAGGGUUCUGUUGCUAAAAUUACUGGAAAAGAGGGGCUGUACUUCUCUGGUCCCGCAUUUGUUUUUGAAGGAGAGGAGGCAAUGGUUGCUGCCAUUUCAGAGGAUCCUUUGAGUUUUAAGGGGAAAGUGGUUGUAAUUAGGGGAGAGGGACCUAAGGGUGGUCCUGGCAUGCCUGAGAUGUUAACACCAACGAGUGCAAUAAUGGGUGCUGGGCUUGGAAAGGAUGUUGCAUUGUUGACUGACGGGAGAUUUUCAGGAGGUUCACACGGGUUCGUGGUUGGCCAUAUUUGCCCCGAAGCACAGGAAGGCGGUCCAAUUGGCUUGAUUCAAAAUGGAGACAUUAUCAACGUUGAUGUCCAGAAGAAGAGAAUUGAUGUUUUGGUAACAGAUGAGGAGAUGGAGGCCCGCAGGAAGAAAUGGACUGCUCCUCCAUACAAGGCUAACCAAGGAGUUUUGUACAAGUAUAUUAAAAAUGUGAAACCUGCUUCUAGCGGAUGUGUGACAGACGAGUAGAGAGGACACAUUUUUGGUGGCCUUAGUAGCGUUUUGAUGAGGUAUUGCUAUUUUGGCUUAAACAGUGUAUGUCUAUGUAGCUCGAUGUAUCUCUUGUUGGAUUUCAUUAAUUUUUUGGUAUAUUAUUCUAGAUUUGAACCCUACCACCUCUCUUUGCUCUGUCAUUGUCUUUGAUCUUCUCAACUAACAAGUUGGCAAAAAAUUCAACGGUGAUAAACAAAUGGCCACAGCUUGAAAAGAAAAACGUCUGUAUAAUUAUAACAAUAAUAAUUCAUUAACGUUGUGUUUGAGUGGAGUAUUUUUUAAAUUUCAGAUCAUUUGAAAUGCUGUGUAAUUGAAUUGCAGCAAUUCU